UGCUGGUUGGUACACUUGCAUUGCAUCUAAGUAUCAUUUAGAUAAUAUCUAUGAAGUGGUAGGGCACAAAAGUGCGUAUUUAGAGGUGUUAACUAAAUCAGACAGCAGUAACAAUAGCAAGACUACAAGUUUGUUAAUAACAGUUCUGAUUGCCCUGGUUGUGAUUGCAACUUUUACAGUUUUAGUUAUAUUUGGACGUCGUCGAGUGCAGAGCAAUAACAAGUACUAUCCAAGAUGGAUUAAGAAAGUUACAGUUACGAGAAAUGAUGAAAAUACUGAUUCAGUAGAAUUUCAAAUACCUAUAGUGACGAUUCAUCGAUCUAUGAUAAUAGAAAAUAAUUUGUACAAGUCAGCAUCAGUCUCAGAGUACGAGUGCCCAACAGAUUGGGAGUGGGAAGUUCAGCGGUGUAGAAUCAAUCUUGGAAAGUUGCUUGGAGAAGGUGCCUUCGGACAGGUCGUCCUGGCUGAAGCUUUUGGAUUCUUAAAAGGAGGUAAAACUGUUCCAGUGGCUGUCAAGAUGCUUAAAGAAAGCCAUUCGGAUGAUGAUGUUGAGAAUCUUGUGUGUGAACUCGAGAUCAUGAAAAUGGUGGGAAGGCAUCCAAACGUUAUCAACUUGCUCGGAUGCUGUACCAAUGAUGGUCCACUGUACGUCAUCAUGGAGCACGCGAUUCAUGGAAGCUUGAAGGGAUUUCUUCUGGAACAUAUUUUGGAAUCUGAUGAAGCUGAGAAGAAAACCAUCACAAUUCAGCAAUUAGUUUCCUUCGCUUCGCAAAUUGCCUCCGGAAUGGUGUAUCUUUCGUCGAUCAAGUGCGUUCAUCGAGAUUUGGCCGCCCGCAACAUCCUCGUCGCAGAAGGACUCAUCAUGAAGAUCUCCGACUUUGGACUUGCUAGGGACGUUCACCACCAGGAGUACUACCGGAAGCUGACCGCUGGCAGGAUGCCAAUUCGCUGGAUGGCACCGGAAUCUCUCGAGUUUCUCUUCUUUGACUCGAAGACUGACGUCUGGUCCUUUGGGGUGCUACUCUGGGAGAUCAUGACUCUUGGAGGUCAACCGUAUCAGUUUCUGCCAGCAGGAGAAAAUUUGCUGAGGUAUCUGAAGCAAGGACAUCGAUUGGAGCAGCCAAGAUGCUGUCCCGAUAAGGUUUACCGUGUUAUGAAUCAGUGCUGGCAGAACAACCCCGAACAAAGAUCAUCGUUUAUCGAAAUUGGAGAACAGUUGAAGACCUAUUUGGAUGAAGCUCCUGAUGAAAAACUAAAUUUGAACCAUGAUUGAUAACUGACGAAU